CGUACUCGUAGCGCGUUGUGUAGGUACUAACUGCAGACCUUACAUGUUUCGACUCAUUUUGGUCCUUCCCACUACUAGCAUAGGAUUUACCGUGCCUGGCGCAGCUGCCGCAAUCGCGGCGGCCGGUUGCGCAUCGAUGUUUGGGUUUUUUUGACAGUUCUUUGAGCAGCAGUUUUCGUUUGCUGACAAAGGACAAGCACUUUGUUUCUAGUCUGGGGACGCCCGCCUCCCUGUGACCUGCGUGCACGAUGUCGGAGGAUCGCCGGAUUUCGGUGGUGAUCAGAUACCGUGACUACCGCGGAAUUGAACAGGACGCGACCACAUGGCGGAUUGACGAGGAUAGUGUCUGCGACAACGCCGGCGGUCACGGCCAGUGGACCUUUGACAAGGUGUACGCGCCGAAGUCGAACACUCGAGAAAUUUUCGACAAUCAUGUGAAGGAAAUCGUACCAAAAAAUUUUGUCAAAUUUAAGUUUUCUCAACAACACAUCAACUACACAGAAGUCCCAGUAGUCUGUUCCGUACUCCAUGAUUUCCACACACGAGCAGCUGUUGAGUUGUUUCAAUGUGUUGAUCAUGUUGAUGUCGCACAGACAGUAAUGGAAUGGUUCUUUCUAGAGUGUAGGUUCUCGUGAGCCGUGUUGAUCUUCAAUCGGCUGAAUACAAUCCAUCCUUUAGGUGCACAACUGUCUGGAGGGGUUCAAUGGGACGGUAUUUGCCUACGGCCAGACGGCCAGUGGGAAGACGUUUACCAUGCACGGCGACCAGCGAAGGCACGGGAUCAUCCCGUACGCCGUGUUGGAGAUGUUUCAGCAGAUGAGCUAUCAAAUGUAAAAAUGUCUGGGUCUGGAAGAAUGCAAGUUUGUCAUGCUUGUCUGGCAUGACUCAUAAAUCUGUAAUGCAUGAGCAGGAAAAUGGCCUCUUGCCUGUCAUGCAAAAACGCAGUUUGUCAUGCGGAAAACGAGGCACAGUAGUAGUUGAAAAAUUUGUCAUGCUUCGCUGCGUAUUGCAGUCCGCCCACCAGUCACAUUUUAGCAUCACAAGUUUCAAGACCCAGACAUUUUUGCAUUUGAUAUGAGCGAGCGGGAGCAGGACCAGGAGAAUGACGCCAUGAGUAACUCGCUCGAGGAGCAGAGUUCCGAAACCGAGUACCUGCUAACCGUCAGCUAUUUGGAAAUUUACAAUGAGAACGUCAUUGAUCUGCUGGCUCCUGCGUCCACUUCGGCCCCGCCGCAGAUCAAGCUUCAGGACCGGACAGAUGGGACGCUGAACAUCCAGGGUCUAACUGAGGUCCAGAUAGGGGAAAGGGGCUGCGAGGAGGUAUUUGACUGUCUGGUCCGCGGGGAAAAGAAACGGCACAUUGGUGAAACGCGCAUGAACGAGCGCUCGUCUCGGUCGCACACCAUUUUUCGUCUGCAUCUCGAGUCCAGAGGCGGGGUAAACAAGAAAAAGGUGCUCACGUCCGUGUUGCACCUGGUCGAUUUGGCAGGAAGUGAAGGUUUGAAACGCACCCAGGCCACAGGUACGCUGUGUUUAUUGUUUCUUGUGGCUCUCGCACUCGCUUGCCAUUGGAAUCCGAAUGUUUUUGUGAACUGCAUCAGGCUUAUGCAGCUGCCUCCAGUGCGAUCAUUUCAACACCAGUACUUUGAAAUCCAUGACUCACUUUUACAACAUUUGCCAGGGGAGCGUCGCGUGGAGGGAGCGAAUAUCAAUAAGAGUUUGCUUUCGCUGACAAAAGUGAUCAAUCAGCUCUCGGAGAAAAACAACUUUGUCGGCUUUCGCGAGUCGCAACUGACCAGGAUUUUGCAGACCAGCCUGGGCGGGAACGCGCAGACAGUCAUUAUUGCAGCCGUAUCGGGUGCACCGUCCAACUACCCCGAAACUAAAUCGACCUUGGAAUUCGCGGCGCGGGCCAAGCAGAUCAAGAACAAGGUCAAGGUGAACGUUUUCCAGGACCAUGAAAUGGAUGUUAAGCGCCUCCUCGCCGAAAUAUCCCAGCUGAAACAAAAACUGGCCGACGUGACGAGCGGGGAAAAAGUGGCUAUUCUGUCGUCAGAGAACAACGAGCUGAAAACGCAGAGAGAACAAAUUUUGCGGGAAAAGAUGUCUUUGGAAGAACAAAUUUCCAACCUCCAGGGCACGAUGCCGAAGAUCCUGCAAGCGCUCCCUGGAGAGAAAUUGACGCACACGCCCCGCAAAGCGAAGGAGCCGAACCGGAGGCACACCUUUUUUGUCGGUGGAAAAAACGAUCUUCCAGUGUUUUCAUCACCAGUAUAAAGAAUUUCAGCAUUUUUGAAUUUCAUCCACUACUGCCUUCUGAAGGCGUUGCAUGCAAUACCCAAUGCGUGUGUCACUGUCCUCUGACUGUGCCGCGGGCUGCUUUCGCGUAUUUGCAGAAGAUAUCUAGUUCCGUGUCUCAUCCUGACAUUCAUUGUGUCUCCAAACAUAACUCAAAUUCCACCAUUGCAGAUUUCCAGCUUUACCUCGCGCGGUGUCAACAAAGGUGGCGUGAAGAAGCAGAAGGCCGUCGCUUUCAACGGACAGUCACUGGCGGAGGUGGACGAAAGUGGAGAGAACGAGGACAUGGAUGAAGAUUCCGCCAUGCCCACUGCACGAAGCGCGAGCGCUACUAACGCCACGCAGACGGAGCAACUAAUGAAACUCCUAAGGGAGAAGAAAGAGCUGGAAGGCCGUAUUCGGGCUUUGGAGGAGGAAUUGCAGCAAGCGCGCACGGACUUGCAGCUGGUGCGGGACAUGUCCGCACAAGCACAACAGGCCAACCCGAGUCCCCUGUUCACCCGUGAGGAGAGGGAUUCGCUUCUUUCUCAACUGCAACACCUGCAGGAAAACGAGCGCGGGAAGGAGAAGAAAAUUCGCGAACUCGAAAGCCGGUUGCAGUGGUUUGACAGUGUGAACCGCCGGAUUGAGCAGGACUGUAAAGACCUCGAGGAGAAGAACAACGAACAGAAAAUCCGAAUACACGAUCUCGAGGGCGAGGUGAAGUGCCUGGCCAACCAGCUCGCGGAGCGGGAGCAGGAGCUGCAACUUCGAAGUCGCGAGGAAUCGUCGUUGCGCGAUCAUCUGGGCAAGAUGGGCCGAGAUCUGAAUGGUAUUGCCUGAUGAGUUUUGUCUGACAGCGUUUCCGUUUCCGUGACUCCGUUUAUUUUAUUUUUUUGUCUGUCAGAAGUGUUUGUUUUAGUGUUUCACUUUCAUUCUUGUUGUCGCACAGCGUUUCGUUGAUGUGGUCGAAAAGCGGCGCAGUAAAAGAGAGGAGUUUGAAUCGCAUUUGCAGGUCUUUAUUUUCUCGGAAUAAAAAAAUUUUCCGCAGUUGCAAAGCAAUCGAACGCUACCGAGCGCAUGCGGGCUCGUUCUGUAGAGGAGGAGCUGGAAAAGGAAAAGGCUCGAAAGAGGCAACGCACCGAUUCGGAUGAGCCGCGCCCAGGUCCGCGAAAGCACUUGAAGCUGACUUCUCCGGCGAGUCCCAGGUUUGGCAACAGAGUGCAACUUGUGAACCAGGAAAAUAACCACAAAGCUGGGUCGGCGUCAAGCUCCAGCCGCAAAUCUCUGGUGGGCGAACCCGUGGUGCAGCACCCAAACGGGGUGAAGACUGCUUUUGGAGGACUGCUGCAGAUCGGCGGCUCGAGUUCCUCCACAGCAAAUAAAGUUUUCAACACACCGAAGAGGACCAGUGGGGAGCUCGCAGCCGAGCUGCAGAGUCGUGAAGAGUUCGAGAACCAGGUGCUUGCCCAACAGGAACAGGUUCUCAACCAGGAAAACGCGAAGCGGGAGGCCGAAUUCGCCACGCGCUUAGCGCAGGCGGAGAAACAAAUGGAACACGACUGGAGCGUGAAAGUCGCGCGACUCGAAAUACGCAUUGCCGAGCUGGAGGCCAGCGAGCAGGAGCUGCUGGCGGCCGACACAGACCGGGCCCAGAAGCUGGAGAACGAAAUAAACGAUGCCUGUGCGCAAAAAGCGGUCUUGCUCGAGGAGAAGCAGGACCUGGAGCAGAAGCUGCGACAUUCGGAGAAACAGGUCCACCAGAAACUUGUGACAGAGGACCUGUCUCAGAAGGAACGGGAAAAGCAGCUCGCGCAGCAGGUGGAAGCACUCCAGGACGAGCGGAACGAGCUCGUAGAGGAAGUUUCGCAGAAGAACACGGAGCUGAACAAAAAGACGAGCGAAAUCACGCACAUGGAACAAGAAAUCGAAGCCGUGAAAAACGAAAAGAGUGCCGAACUAGAGGAAAUGAUGAAGAAUGUGGAGACCGUGUCGGCCGAGUACGAUGCUGAGAUCAAAGAGCAGGCGGAAAAGAUUGUCCAAUUGACGGCAGAACUCGAUUCUUUGCGCCAGCAGUUGGCCGCUAGCGGAGAGAAUAACGAAGCGAAAACUAAUUCCGUUCGCGAGGAGAAUGAGAAGCGACAGCGAGAGCUGACCGCCGUGCGGGAGGAGAAAGCGGCGUUGCAGGCCCAGCUGAGUUGCUACCAGAGCCAAAUAGCGGACGGGCGCGCGGCGCAGGCCCGAGCGGAGGAACUGGAGCGCGAGAUCGGGGUCGCGCGCGCGGCCGCCGCCGAGACGCAGCAGCUGCGCGACCGAUUUGAAGAGAAGGAGCGGCAACUAACGUUUGAAGUCCGCGAGAAAAGGGACGAAUUGGCGAAACUGGAAAUUGCGAAAACUCAGCUGGAAAGACGCAGUCAGGCGUUGGGACAAACCAAUAAGGAAGAGAUCACGAGAUUGCAGCAGCAGCUCUUAGACCUGCAGGAGCAGAAGACGGAGAGUGACGCCAUGGAGAGCCAGGUUCGGAUGGUCGAGCAGUUGCAGCAGCAGGUUGCGAAAAACACGGCGGAGCUCGCCAAAGCGUACGAGAAGAUCGACGAGAACACCACGGAAGUGGCGAGACUAACGGAGGAGCUGAAUAACACGAAAGUUGAGCUGGAGAACAGGGCCAAGGAGAACAUGGAGGUCGUAGGCGAGGCGGAGAAGCUCCUGGAGGAAACCGACAAGAAAGACAAUGAGCUCGCGGACUUCCGUAUGCAGAAACAGAAAUGGGAACGAGACGCCGAGGAAAAGAAGAAGCUGUUCGACGAGCGGGAACACUUAGAGCUGCAGUUGACGGACCUGGAGACCCAGCUUUCGCAGCUGAAGAAAACUCGCGACGACGCACUCACCGAGGUGCAACGGCGCAACCAGGAAAUCUGCUCGCUGCAGAGUACCCUCACCGCAGAAAGCGCAAAGCUGGAAGAGUUGCAAACAGAGUUCAGUGCGGUGAAGAUCGAGAAGAAGCAGGCGGAAAAACUCAAUCAGGAGCUGCAGCAGACUUUUCAGCAAGACAGCAAUUCGCUGCGCUUGGAAAAGGAGGAAGCGGUAGCGAAGUACGAAACGGCACAGAAACAACUGCAACAAUCCGAGCAGGCGGUGCUCGCUGUAACAGCAGAAAGGGACAAGCUCACCGCGCAAAUUCACCAGGGCAAGGCGCAGCUGCUGGCGCUCGAAAACGAGGCGGAGACGUUGCACAAGCAGGUCGAACAGGCGCAGGCCGAGACAACGAAUUACCAAAAGCGGCUGCAAGAAGCACAGCAACUGAAAACUGGCUUCGUAGAGGUGGAGGGCGCGCUAUCGCAGGCCCGGGUGAACAACCAGGACGCGCGAUUUGAACUGAACACGGUGCUGCGCGAGCGCGACCAAUUUUCCAAGGCGGUGAGAGAGCUCGAGGAGCAGCUGAAAGAAGAGCGAGAACGGAAUAGCGAACUUGAGGAAAGAUGCGGUGAUGUAGACCAAAUCCACCGGGAUGCCACAGAGCUGGGCGGACUGAUGACACAGGUACGCACAAAAUUUUUUCUACCUUCCAAGCGAAUGCCAAUGCAACUCAAGUAAAAAACAAAAUGAGCAUGGUGCUUCCGAAAGUAGAUGCUCGGUUUCCAGUAAGUAUUUCAGCAAGUUGUAGGCGCACAGCGUAGACUAACUUUGCAACGAACACGAGCUCAAGAACAUUUCUAAUAAUUUCAUGAAACGAAAAAAAAAAACGAAGGUAACCGCGGAGCGCGAGAAUCUAAAGAAGCAGUUACAGCAAGCGGCGGAUGCCCGCGACGCCGCCAAAAAGCGCGUGGAAGAGCUAGAGCGCGAGAUGGACCGGGUCAAGCGCCAGCACGUCGAAGACUGGCUGGGAUCUGCGACCACGAUUACAAGAGAGGAGGAUUCCACCCUGGCCUCGUCCACGCACCAGAUGCUCCAGACCCAAAAGAAGCAGGUCGAGGAGCUUCGUUCGUUGCUGCUGAAGAGCGAAGAAAAGCAGGAGAAACUGGAGGAAACCGCCCGGGAGGCUAACACGGAACUGAAACGGAAGGAAAUGGAGCUGGUGCAGGUCCAGGAAAAGCUGGACGAGCAGCUGGCGCUCGUGCAGCAGCUGAGCUCCGAAAACGCGCUCACCGGGUCGAAGCAGGACCUGCUGCAGGAAAGAAGAUUACGGGAACGGCAGCAGGUCGAAGUGGAGCGGCUCCGGAAGGAGAAUAACACGCUCAAGUCGUCGUUCCGCGAGGCUUCCCGCGAGGUGAAGGACUACGGUGUGAAAAGCAACCAGAUGAAUUUCUGGAAAGAGGAAAGUGAAAAGAAGGACCAGAUCAUCAACGAGCUAAAGCGGGAGCUGGAAAUGGUGCGCGUUUCUCAGGCUGGGGAGAAAGCGCAACGUCAGUCCGUUUUGAAAGGCCACUCCGACAUGCGGUCCUUCGUCCAGGCCAGCGGCACCAGGCGGGACUCCAUCAACAAGGAGUCGUGUGCGCAACAAUAACGGGAAGUAUAAUAGUACUGCCCGAUUUUUCCCCUGCGAUGGCUGUAGUUUGCAGCCUCAGCUUUCAUGGGACAAUUCGGUUAGAGUAAGUAAAGUUGUCUCGUCUCAGUCAAUUAUCUGUUUUUUACUUGUCGAGGAUCGAUCCAAACUCAAACCAAACUAACAACUCAACAGAUGGCAUCUGUCUUGAAACUCAAACUCAAACCAAACUCAAGUAUGAAGAAAAACUAACUCAGAUUUGCUCGUAGCUUCCACUAGGGAACUACCUGGAAACGCGUGAAGGAGAUAUUUAUCUUUGUCAGCGGAACAAGAAAAACUGCUUGCACCAAAAGUAAAAGAACCAGGCAGAAGAAGAAAAAUGAAAUACAACAAUAUGUCAAAGUAGAGCUUCUGCACGAGACGAC